AUGGGCAGCAAAACCUUGCCAGCACCGGUGCCCAUCCACCCAUCCCUGCAGCUCACCAACUACUCCUUUCUUCAGGCAGUGAACGGCCUGCCAGCGGUGCCCUCGGACCACCUGCCCAACCUGUAUGGUUUCAGCGCACUGCACGCAGUGCACCUGCAUCAGUGGACGCUGGGCUACCCCGCCAUGCACUUGCCGCGGUCCUCUUUCUCCAAAGUGCCGGGAGCCGUGUCCAGCCUGGUGGACGCGCGUUUCCAGCUGCCUGCCUUCCCCUGGUUCCCUCAUGUCAUCCAGCCCAAGCCCGAGAUCACCGCUGGAGGCAGCGGCCCCGCGGCGCUCAAGACCAAGCCGCGCUUUGAUUUUGCCAACCUGGCCUUGGCUGCCACGCAAGAAGAUCCAUCAAAGCUUUGCCGGGGGGAGGGCCCUGGGUCCCCUGCCGGUGGGCUGGGCGCCCUCCUGGAUGUGACCAAGCUGUCCCCCGAAAAGAAGCCCACGAGGGGACGCCUGCCUUCCAAAACCAAGAAGGAGUUCGUCUGCAAAUUCUGUGGCCGCCACUUCACUAAAUCCUACAACCUCCUUAUCCACGAGCGGACACACACGGACGAGAGGCCCUACACGUGCGACAUCUGCCACAAAGCCUUCCGGAGGCAAGACCACCUACGAGACCACAGAUAUAUUCACUCCAAAGAGAAGCCUUUCAAGUGUCAAGAGUGUGGGAAAGGAUUCUGCCAGUCCAGGACUCUCGCUGUGCACAAGACGCUACACUCACAGGUGAAGGAGCUCAAAACCUCCAAGAUCAAAUGCUAA